GACCCGAACAUGAAUCUACUGUUCCCGAGAACUACUUCCGGGGGUCAUUGCCGUGCAUCGUUUUUCCCUGAGCUGUUCUAUUUUCAGUUUCAACUUUUAUACAUAUUUGCUUGUUUACCAACACAAUGUCCCGAGGGUCGAGUGCAGGAUUUGACCGACAUAUUACCAUAUUCUCUCCAGAGGGCAGACUCUACCAAGUCGAAUAUGCAUUCAAGGCUAUCAAUCAAGGUGGCCUUACCUCAUUAGCUAUCCGAGGACAAGACUGUGCAGUUGUCGUCACACAGAAGAAAGUUCCAGACAAGCUUCUUGAUGCCUCCACAGUCACACAUCUAUUCAAAAUCACAGAAAACAUUGGCUGUGUCAUGUCCGGAAUGACGGCUGACAGCAAGUCUCAAGUCCAGAGAGCUCGCUACGAAGCAGCCAACUGGAAGUACAAGUAUGGCUAUGAGAUCCCAGUGGACAUGCUGUGUAAGAGGAUGGCUGACAUCUCUCAGGUGUACACACAGAAUGCUGAGAUGAGACCUCUGGGUUGCUGCAUGAUAGUGAUUGGUGUGGAUGAGGAGUGUGGUCCCCAGGUGUAUAAGUGUGACCCUGCAGGAUACUACUGUGGCUUCAAGGCCACUGCUGCUGGGGUCAAACAGACAGAGGCCACCACCUUCCUGGAGAAAAAGGUCAAGAAGAAACUGGACUGGACCUUUGCGCAAACAAUCGAGACUGCGAUAACUUGUUUGUCUACGGUACUGUCCAUUGACUUCAAGCCCUCCGAGCUAGAGAUCGGAGUCAUUACAACGGAAGACCCUAAAUUCAGGAUCCUGACAGAGACCGAGAUCGAUGUCCACCUUGUGUCCCUGUCAGAGCGAGAUUGAGUGUUUCCAUGUGUUCCAGUCUAGAGGGGAGACUACCCUAGAAAUAUGACAGAGAACACAACCACUGAUCUUCAGAACGAAAGCCCUGACUUCUUUUUUGCUGUACAUUUACGCUGUUCAAUUAAAGAGAAUGUUUUCGAGAAACUCAAA